AUGGUGUAUUUGAAAUGGUUCGCUUCUAUUGAUUCAGUCCGAACGCACUGCCGCCGAUUUCAUGGGGGCCAAGGGGUUCCCAUAACGGGGAAACACCGGGAGCUCCAGGAGGAUGCCCCCGAGGAACUGCCCCCCACUGCCUUUAUAUGCCCGACGUGCGGAUUCCAGCGCCACAGCAAACACGGACUCACAAGGCACCGCAUCGUUAACCAUGGAUUCAGGCCGGACACCGUGAAACCAAGCCAGCGUGGUCAGUGCGAAGAGACGAGCAUGCACCUAUUGAGCUGUCCUGCAUUAAAGAGUCUACGCUGUCACUUUGCGGUGGGCGGGAGCAACAUGGAGAAGUUAUGCUUUAUGAAGAAGUUUGCCCAACAAGUUCUUGCACUGGAAAGGCUUUGUUCUCAACGGUCUUCCACAACGGACGUGACGCC